AUGCUAGAACACAAGUACGGGGGCCACCUGGUGUCCCGGCGCGCCGCUUGCACCAUCCAAACCGCCUUCCGCCAGUACCAGCUCAGCAAGAACUUCGAAAAGAUCCGCAACUCGCUCCUGGAGAGCCGCCUGCCGCGGCGCAUCUCCCUGCGCAAGGCGCGCGCGCCCACGGCCGAGAGCCUGGCGGCCGAGAGGGCGCUCCUGGAGGGCUGCGGCCUCUCGGGGCUGCCGCUGGCGCGCUCGCCCUCCCUGCCGCCCACCAUCGCGGGCACACUCACCGAACUGGAGGACUCCUUCACCGAGCAGGUGCAGUCCCUGGCCAAGUCCAUCGACGACGCCCUCAGCACCUGGAGCCUCAAGACCGUGUGCUCCCUGCAGGAGAGCGGCGCUUACCAGGUCCACAGGGCCCUGCGCGCGGGCACGGGGCCGCCGGGCCUGGAGACCGAGGCGCGGGAGCCCGAGGGCGCCCACUCGGGGGAGUGGGCCGAGCCCACCGAGCCCGCCGGCCCGCCCCAGGGCCACGGCAGCACCCUCAUGAUGGCCUUCCGGGACGUCACCGUGCAGAUCGCCAGCCGGAACAUCUCCGUCUCCUCCUCUACGGCUCUGUCCGUGGCCAACUGCCUGGGCGCGCCGACGGCCUCAGCCCCUGCAGAGUCCGCGGCGGGCAAGGCCGAGCAGGACGAGGCCGGCGGGCAGGAGGCCCUGGAGGCCCCCAGCGCCGGCCAGGAGGACGUGCCCGCCGAGGGCGCGAGCGCAGAGGCGGGAGCCGACGGGGCCCUGCGCGCCAGCCCGCCGGGAGCCGCGGUGCCGGCGGCGGAGGAGGAGGAAGACGGAGAGGAGGAGGCCGAGGAGGCGGGGAAAGGGGCGGAGGCCGAGGCCGGCGACAGCUCGGAGCAGCUGAGCAGCAGCAGCGCGUCCACCAAAUCGGCAGCGUCGGCCUCGGCCUCCAAGGAGGCCCUGCAGGCCAUGAUCCUGAGCCUGCCGCGCUACCACUGCGAGAACCCGGCCAGCUGCAAGUCUCCCACGCUCUCCACCGACACCCUGCGCAAGCGGCUCUACCGCAUCGGCCUCAACCUCUUCAACAUAAACCCGGACAAGGGCAUCCAGUUCCUGAUCUCUCGAGGCUUCAUCCCCGACACGCCCAUCGGAGUGGCCCAUUUCCUGCUCCAGCGUAAGGGCCUGAGCCGCCAGAUGAUCGGAGAGUUCCUGGGCAACAGCAAGAAGCAGUUCAACCGCGACGUGCUCGACUGCGUGGUGGACGAGAUGGACUUCUCUGCCAUGGAGCUGGACGAGGCCCUGCGCAAGUUCCAGGCGCACAUCCGCGUGCAGGGCGAGGCCCAGAAGGUGGAACGGCUCAUAGAGACCUUCAGCCAGCGCUACUGCAUGUGCAACCCCGAGGUGGUGCGGCAGUUCCACAACCCGGACACCGUCUUCAUCCUGGCCUUCGCCGUCAUCCUCCUCAACACCGACAUGUAUAGCCCCAACAUUAAGCCCGACCGGAAGAUGAUGCUGGAGGACUUCAUCCGAAACCUGCGAGGUGUGGAUGACGGGGCUGACAUCCCCAGGGAGCUGGUGGUUGGCAUCUACGAAAGGAUUCAGCAGAAGGAGCUCAAGUCGAACGAGGACCACGUCACGUAUGUCACCAAGGUGGAGAAGUCCAUCGUGGGCAUGAAGACAGUGCUGUCAGAGCCCCAUCGCCGCCUGGUCUGCUGCAGCCGGCUCUUCGAGGUGACGGAUGUGAACAAGCUGCAGAAGCAGGCCGCACACCAGAGGGAGGUGUUCCUCUUCAACGACCUGCUGGUGAUUCUCAAACUCUGCCCCAAGAAGAAGAGCUCCUCCACGUACACCUUCUGCAAGUCCGUGGGCCUCCUGGGCAUGCAGUUCCACCUCUUUGAGAACGAGUAUUACUCUCACGGCAUCACACUGGUGACCCCGCUCUCGGGCUCCGAGAAGAAGCAGGUGCUGCACUUCUGCGCCCUGGGCUUGGACGAAAUGCGGAAGUUUGUGGAGGACCUGAAGGAGUCCAUCGCGGAGGUGACGGAGCUGGAGCAGAUCCGGAUAGAGUGGGAGCUGGAGAAGCAGCAAGGAACGAAGACCCUCUCGUUCAAGGCCGGGGGAGCCCAGGGGGAGCCACGGUCGAAGCAGGGAUCGCCCACAGCCAAAAGGGAAGCGGCACUGGCAGAGAAGGCGGCGGAGAGCACGGCGGAGGUUUUAAUCAAUGCCUCCCCAGCCCGACUCACCAUUUUACCAAUUUCAAGAGAUACAAUUAAAAGUUACUGCUAGCAUGGGUAAUACCACUCUUCCAGCACCUAAUCAAG